AUGAACUUUGCCCAUUCAUCCCAGAACCUGCGGCGGGCCUCGCACCACGACUGUCCUGGCAACUGUGGCGGGCCUCACCCACCUGUCCUAGCACCCGUGGCGGGUCUCGCCCGCCAGUCCUGGAACCCAUGGCGGGCCUCACCAGGCAACCCAGGCACCAGUGGCGGGCCUCACCAGCCAACCCUGGCACAAAUGGCGGGCCUCAUCCGCCCGUCCGGGGGACCGUGGGGACCUAGGGGGACACAGUCCUCGCCCGCCUGUCCUGGAACCCGUGGCAGGGCUCGCCCGGCCAUUCUGACCCGUGGCAAGCCUCACCCGCUCGUCCCAGCACCUGUGACAGGCCAUGCCCGCCCGUCAAGGCACCUGUGCCAGGCCUCACCCGCCCAUAAGGCACCAGUAGCAGACCUCACCCGACCAUCCCAGAAGCUGUAUCGGGCCUUGCCCGAACGUCCCAGCACCUGUGGUAAGCCUCGCCAACCCUUCCCGGGAUGCGUGGCGGGCCUCAUCCGCCUGUCCUAG